AACAAAGCCCACAGCUCAGACGAAGAAGAUGAUGAUAAGUAGGCUUAGUAGCAAAUUCAACUUUUUUUUGCGAAACCCAUUUUUCCCUACACCUCUCUAUCACCAUAACCAUCGUUUCCUUACAAUUAUACAACAAAAACAAGCUCUACACAAUCUUCCUAAUGGUUAAAAUGGUCCUUUUUCCAAGAAUCACAUUUCAGUUUUACCUCUUCGGUGUUUGAGCAGCAAUUCUUCUGAAGAAAUCACCCCAGAGAGAAAUGAAAACGACCCACUUCACUAUGAAACGAUUGAGGACGUAGAACCAAUAGAUUUAUGGGAAGAAGAAGAGGAAGUUGAGCCUGAGAUUGGCGAUGGAGGUGAUGGAGGAGGAAUAGUUUUCCAAAGUUGCUCUUGGGGUGAGCAGGCAUUAUCAAUUGCUCGUGAUGUGCUGCUACCAUUUGGUGAUGACAUGGAGCUCUAUUCAUUUAAAACUAGUCCUCAUGGGUACAUCUAUGUCAGAUUAGACAAACUUCCAAAUAAUUUUGGCUGUCCAAGUAUGGAUGAGAUGGAAGAAUUUAGCCGCCAAUACAAGAAAAGGUUAGACGAAGCUGGUGCACUAGGGAAAAUUCCUGAGGAUCUGGCCCUUGAGGUAUCGUCUCCUGGUGCUGAGCGGCUAAUAAAAGUACCGGACGACUUAUCCCGCUUCAAGGAUAGGCCUAUGAGAGUUAGCUAUAUAGAAGAAAUGAACUCUAGAAAGGUUGAAAAGAAUGGAAUAUUCUUCAUGGAAUCAAUCGAUGCAGAAUCAGGAAGCUGUAUCUGGAAGUUGGCGGAUGUGAAGGAGAAUAGAGAUCCAACAUCCAAAGGAAGGCCGCUAAGCCGUAAACAGAAAGAUUGGAGGUUAAAACUGCCUUAUGCAAUGGUUAAGAAGGUAACCUUGUACCUCAAUUACUGAAUUCCGUCUCAUUGUUGUAGGACUCAAGGUACUGAUGUAUAGACCUCUGUUGUUACUUUAUACACACUUAAA